GACGGAAUAAGAAGGAAACGAAACCUAUCCUCUUUAUAUUGUGGCAUCGCACGACUGUUUCAAGUAAUUCCGCAAAAAAGAAGACGUGAGCAGCAUCGUGGGAAUCAAUAGACUAAAUGUGCACGUCACUGCCAAGCAUCAUCUGCUGUUAAAGGCACACCCUCCCUUUAUCAUGAGUGUGUUCAUCAACACUGGCUAAUCUACUGUAAUCUCUUUCACAACUGGCAGGACCACAAUCUUGUGUUCUAGCAAUAUACAGGUAAACAUGCCUGCUGAACCGUCCCGUCUGGAGACAUUAUUGACCCAAUAUGACCUCAGACUUGUUUGUGAUCAGUGCUCCCUGAAAGAAGGGGAAAUUACUUACAAGUUAAAGUCAAAGCAGCACCAGUGUGCACAGAGCUUGUUGUUGUGUCGGGCCAAAGGAGGAAGCCGCUGGAGGCCUGUCUCUAAGCGCCCCACGUUCCCAAAUCCCAGUCUGUACCAGGUUUGUUUCUUCUUCAGGGAGGGCAAUGGCUGCUCAGAGCAUAAAAAUCGCUGCACCUUUGCCAGGAGUGUGGAAGAAGCUGAGGUGUGGAACUUUGAGAAGAAACAUAGGAUGGACCACCUACAGCUCUGUUAUACAGUUGCUCAUAUAAGUGGAAGUGCUGGGCCCACAUCCACAAAGUCACUAGAUCUUACAGCUCUAGAUCUGAAGAUUGUCUGUGAUCAAUGUUCUAUUCAAGAGAAAGAAAUUACAUACUCUGUCAAAUCAGCUAUUCAUUCUUGCACUCAAAAUCUGCUUCUAGCCAAAGACAAAACCUCUGAUCAAUGGCGACCUGUUGCUGACCGACCCACAAAUGGCCACUUUGGUCAAAAUGUCCUAUACCAAGUGUGCGACUUUUUUAUUGAAGGCUCCGGGUGCACAAAACAUGGAAAGGGCUGCUCCUAUGCUCGGAGCAGUGAAGAGGCAGCUGUGUGGAACCAUAUCAGAAACAACCAGAUGAACGUAAAAGACUUCAUCAGACAAAUUGCUGAGGCCAGUGUAAUGACCCCCGAAAAGGCAGCUCAAGACAUCAUGCAAAAGUUUCCUGGGCGAUUCACUGAGCUAUGCACAGAAUGUUUUUACGAUCGUCCGACAAAGCUGGUGGCCAAAAGGUGGAAUGACACUUGUUCAGCAGAUGCAGCACAUAAAUGGAAGCCUCUUCUUGUCCAUCAACCAGCAGAACAAGGCAAAAAGCUCAGUCAGAUUCGAACACUUCAACCAAAACACACUCAAAACUCCCCCCUGACGUUUUGUAGCCAUGUCAGGGAUGGUAAGCCAUGUUGGCACAACCCUGGCCACUGCAUGUCGGCUCAGAGUGAAGUGGAGAUGCAGGUGUGGAGGGCGGAACUGGAGGGUCUGAAAGUCCGCUCACUCCUUCUUCAGCUUCAGCCACAACAGGAUCCACAGCAGAUCUCCAUGUACUGCAGAGUAUGCUUCCUCUCCCUGCCUUCUGCUGAGAGCUUCUACAAGCACUGCUCCUCUAUAGAGCAUGCCAAGUUACUGCGGGAGGACACCAGCAUCUGGUGGAGAGAACGACCACCUCCUCACUCCAGACGGGCUGAAUUCUGGCUCUGUGACAGACCACACACAUGUGAAUAUGGAAGAAACUGUCCCAAAGCUCACUCUGAAGAGGAGCUGAAGGAGUGGAUGAUGCGCACUGAAGAAGUGGACGAGAUCAGACAGAACUUAGAAGCUCAGGGCCUCAUGAGCUAUAAUGAAAUACUAUUACAGGAGUACAGGAGCAGCAGCAAUGAGGUGCACAUUAUGUCUGAACAUGUUGAUGAUGUGACCAUCUCUUGUGAUGAAGAUUUGACUCUGAAUUGUGAUCUGGAUCAUACAACGCUGCAGUGGAAGUUCCAAGUGGAAACAGAGAGGCAACUUGUGCAUGUGGCGUUGCUGAAGCAGGAACCGGGAGCAUGCUUUUCCCUUGACGACACAACUCCUUGCAUCUACUCAGCCGGCCACCACUUCUUAACUGAUGACACCACUUACGAAUUCACUGUGUGUUUUACUUCAGACUUCCCUGGCCUAUAUGAUCAGUGGCUUGUACUGGACUUUGGCAUGAGACCUGUGCUGUUACAAAAACUAAGAGUGGCAGUCGGUCAGCCAUUGUCAGAUGACAGUGAAGAUCUAAUUGGAAACCCUGCAGCCUCCUCUCUAAAGGCUGAGCGCUGGCACACAGGAAAUAGAAUGAUUAUUCCUUGCAUAAAACGGACUGAGGACCAGGAAGAAAUGCUAAAGCGGUACAAACCACCACAGGUUAACUUUCAAUACAAGCCCACCCUUAAUCUCCAAACAGAACUCACUCAUGAGAACUAUAAAGAGCGAAUGCAUCACUUUUUGUACAGUGAGGAGCAUGCAGAGGACCAGGCUGUGUCAAGGCUAAACAUAUGUGGAGAAAUGGUAAUAAGGGAUCAUCAUACACUAUGGGGCAUAGAUGGAAGAGAGCUGUUUGGAGAACUAUCUCUUCCCUUCAGUCUCACAGCCGAUAGUCAUGAGGGUCUGGCACUCCGACGAAGCAUCCAGUCAGCGCUGAUUGCUCCUCCAUCAAAAGGGGCAAACAGCAAGGUCUAUGAAGCCAUCAUUUUACUGGACCAGGCUACUGAGAAUGUAAUGUAUUUGCAACUGUCAAAAAGAUGCUGUGUUGAUCUAGCACUUAAAUGCAAUACAACACUUGAAAUGGAGAUCCAGUUUCAGCUCAACCGUUACCACUUCUGCAGUCUACACAAAACUGUGGACUUGCUUCCUGAUUUACGCCGAGUGCUCCCAGACCUUAAAAACUGCACUAUUCCUGUCAGCAGUAUUCAGAGUGACAAAUUAAAUGCAAAACAACUAGUAGCAGUAGAAUUCAUCACAGGAACAGCAGAGAAUCAGAAAAAUGUUGCUCCAUUGCUCAUUUAUGGUCCCUUUGGGACAGGAAAAACAUUUACCCUUGCUACAGCUGCCAUCGAGGUGUGUCGACAACCCAAAAACAAAGUGCUUAUAUGCACUCACACCAACAGUUCUGCAGAUCUGUACGUUAGAGACCAUUUUCACAAGACAGAAGUGAAAAUUAGACCACUUCGGAUCAAAGCUAACACAGCCCGUGGACUGUCUGCCACUGAUGAAAUUACCCUUGAGCACUGUUUGCUCAGUGAAGACAAGAGCAUGUUCCUACCACCAACCAAAGCAGUCCUAGAUCAGCACAAUGUCAUUAUAAUCACCACGACUAUGGCACGACAGCUGCAUGACCUGAACCUGCCAGAAGGUUACUUCAGCCAUAUUUUGAUCGAUGAAGCUUCUCAGAUGUUGGAGUGUGAAGCUCUGUCAGCUCUUGGUCUUGCUGGACCAGACACACGGGUGGCGUUAGCUGGAGAUCACAUGCAAAUGGGGCCAAAGCUCUUCUCUGUGGUGGACCACAAGCGCUCAGAUCACACUCUGCUGACACGUUUAUUCCACUAUUAUCAGACUCACAAGUGUGACUCUGCCCAGCGAAGUCGAAUCAUACUGAAUGAAAACUAUCGCUCUACUAGAGAAAUAGUAGACUUUGUUUCUACUCACUUCUACGUUGGUAAAGGUGAUGUUAUCAAAAGCACUGAUGAAGUCCCUCCUCCUUCAAAUGGCCUUGCCCUCAGGUUCAGCCAUGUCCGAGGAGAGUGCCUCUUACACAAUCGAUGUAUGGCAUGGUACAACAGCCGAGAAGCCUACAAAGUUGUUGAUGCUGUAAAGGAUAUUCUACGAAACUGGCCCUCAGCCUGGGGACCCCAGGAACAGCAAUGCAUAUGUGUCAUAUCUGAGGGAUUUCAGGUCCAAAAGAUAAGAACUGAACUUUCAAAAAACCGCCUUAAUAAAGUUCAAGUUCACAAUCUAGGAAAUAUUCAAGGUUUGCAGUUCAGAGUGGUCAUUAUAUCAGCUGUGCACUCUCGUGAUUCUCUGCAGACCUGUCAGGUGACUGGUCUGGAGCUGUUCAAUGAUGUGCGUGUCCUGAACACUGCACUGACCAGAUCGCGCUCACUGGUGUUAGUUGUUGGUGAUGCUGCUGCUCUCUGCUCCUUUGGUCAAUGCUCUAAGAUCUGGAAGAACUAUAUUGACUAUUGCAUCCACUGCAACAGUGUUGACCCAUUGUCUUUUUCAAAAGACUACUUUGAAAAAGAUUUAAUCGAAACAAAACGGUUUCAGAAGUCUGAGCAAGAUGAGGACAAUAAUACUCUCAAUGAUAACAUUCUUCAAGAAUUACAAGGUGAAUAUGAGCAACUGAAUGAGGAAUUGAUCAUUGAUGAUGACAGUGUAGAUGCUCAGGACAAUUACCAAAAGUCAAAGACAUCUUAUACAAAAACUAAUUCAGACCAUCCAGAGGCAAUCAAUGAACAUUUUGACAGACAUGGAAAACUUGUCAGAAUGUCUUCGAACCGUGGCUAUGUGAUACCAUCCACAAGGCCCCAUGCACGCAUAAAUAUAGAUGGAAGAGACAAUCUGGGGAAAGCCUUCACUGGAGAUGAAGUGAUCAUAGAAAAAGGAAAAGUGAUUGCCAUCACAAAGAAGUCUGACUCAGCCCGGGAACUUUUGUGCUAUCUUGAGGACGAAGAUCACAGUAAAAACACUUCUGGUGAUUACCAGUACAUUAGACGAGUAAUGAUACCCAUCUCAAAGUCUGCUCCAAAAAUCUGCAUACUCAUCAACAAGAAAAGACGUCACCAUCUUCCAGUGUGGUCACAAAUAUUUGGUGAGCGGACAUUUGCAGGUUGGAGAAAGCUUGAUGAAACGUUUAAACAGAAUCAUGUUUUUCUGGUGCAAGUAAUUAACUGGAAAGAAAACUGCAUGUUUCCGCUGGGUGUUGUAAUUGAUGUUCUGCCCAUUGGAAAUUCAUUGAGUGAGGCCCUCCAAAUUCUCAGUGCACAAUAUAAUGUUGGUCCCACAAUGUUAUAUACGCCAGAUCACUUAGAGGAUGCAAACAAAUCAAAGAGAGAGAACAGGAGCAGCAGAAUCACUUUCACUGUUGACCCUCCUGAAGCCAAUGAUCUGGAUGAUGCCAUCAGUGUAGAGGCUAAUGGUAAUGACAAACACUAUAAUUUAGGGAUCCACAUUUCUGAUGUGGCUAGCUUUGUACCUUUUGGUGAUGAACUGGAUGAAGAUGCAAGACAACGCUGCGUUUCAUAUUACUGCCAUAAAAAGUCUGAGCACACCAUUCAUAUGUUUCCUCAAGAGCUAAGCACUGGACUCUUUAGUCUUCUUCCUGACAAAGAUCGCAGUGUCGUAUCACUCAUGUUCAAAGUUGAUAAACAAACUCAUGAAAUUCUUGGGGAGCCAGAGUUUGAGCUUUCAACAAUUAAAUCUGAUGCAAAGCUGACAUAUGAGGAAGCUGAAAAAAGUAUUAAUAAAAUGUCAAAAAAUCCUGUUGAUCACAGCCUCAAAUUGGCAUUUGAGUUUGCCAAAGCCAGAAGGAAAGAAAGGCUUAAGAACUGGCCAUACGCUCAGCCUGAUGAUGACCAUCUUCCAGGUCAACGGAAGGCGCAUUUGAUGAUAGAAGAGCUCAGUGUGUUAUUCAACAAGUAUGUAUCAGAACUACUCAGCAGUUCACUAGUAACAAGAAGUUUUGUGCCUCUUCGCUGCCAACGAAGACCUUCCCAGGAAAGCUUGAACAACUUAAAGGAACAAUGUGCCGAUGUCAUACCUGUCUCCUUUAGUCUAUGGCAUAAAGUUGACUGUGAGGAACAAAAUCCAUUGUGGAACUCCUUCCAUGUGCUGCAGUACAUAUGGAACAACAUCCAGGAAGCGGCAGCAGCUGGUGAUCAUGACAGAAUGGUGGAUCUAAUUGCUGCUGAUGACAUCUACCCACAGCUUAAAUUCAUCACCACUCAGUUUAGGAAGUGCUCGAAUAAAGCUUAUUUCAUCCGUUCCAUGUCAUCCGAAAAAGCAGAUGUUGGCCACUAUUCCCUUAACCUGAGGAGCUACACAUGGGCAUCCUCACCAAUACGACGCUACAUUGACCUAGUGCUGCAGAGAUUGGUGCACUGCUACAUACUGAAAAAUCAAGUGCCCUUCAGCCAAGAGGAGAUCAAUGCUUUGUGUACUGACUUUGACCAAAGUUCAAAAGAUGCAAAAGAGUAUGAAAGAAAAGCAGUAAAUAUUUCCUGUGCUGUGGGUGUUUUGAAACAAAAUCUUUGUAAAGUAGCAUUUGUAGUGAAGGCUGAUGCAGAAUCUGACAAUUUCUUUAUGUCUUUACCUUUUCACAAAGACAUAUUUUCAGACUUCUCAUGUAUGUAUAAAAAUCUGCAGUUGGAUGAUCAGCCACGAUAUGACGAGACCAAAGGAUGUGUAAUACUUAAGUGGAAGAGGAGAAUUUACGCUGCUGACAAAGACAGAUUACACAGGGAGUUACGGACACAAUGUCACAGAGGUCCAUGUUUGCUUAUUCCAUUCCAUGUGUGGAAGUCCACUGUUGACGCAAUAAAAGAAGAAAACUGGGAGGAAGCCAAGUCUCUCAUACUGAGUGCUAAGACAGAGCGGGAACCCUCACAAACCACUGUGCACACAAGUCCUUCUGCAGAGCAGAUUGAGCAUGAGGUAGAAAUCAACCUCCAGCUAAAGCCAGGGGACACUCUCCGGGUCCAAAUGACCUGUGAGGUACACAGGGGGUACUGGAACCCUGCUGUUCAGCUGGUUAGCGUCACACCAAAGUUUGAGCUCUGUGUCGACCAUAUCCAAAACCCUGUCACCUGCUUCUCCAGGUGUGCUGAUAACCCCUCUCAGAUUAACUACAGGAAGCCUGAAGACUAUGUGCAGAUCUGGAAACCUCUGUGUGGAAUGGAGUCAGCCACCUGUGCAGUCAGAGACAGUAACUGCAUCAUCAUUGAAAACUUAGAGGUGAACUUCAGUGAAAGAAGUGGAGAGUCACUUGAAGGAAACUUCUUCUUACAUUCAACAUGGAUCGAAGAGUGGGCUAUUACUGAGUUCAACCUUUCACAGUGUUUUUUGUGCAUACGUAAACCAAAUCUGCCUUUAAAAAAAGACAUAUUAGAAAAAUAUGAUUUAUCAGAUUAUACCAAACCAGGGGACCCUGCAGAAUUCACAUGGGUGGCCCACGGUGUCACUACUACUUUUAAAGGAACAAAAAAGACUCCAGCUGGUAAACUAGUUCAUUUCUAUGUCAACCACCGUCCCAUGGAGCAUAUUCCUGACAGCAUUUUCAAGGAUAAGAAGACUUUCACUGUUGAAUUGAUCCCAAAGACUCUACCUGACAUACGAAAAGAAAAUGCUGUACUUAAUGUGCCCAAAGCAUGUGAACUUGUUAAGAGUAUAGCACUUGGACAUCACAUUCCGAGAGAAGUGUCAUCCAGCCAUGUAGUUAUGCGGAAAGAGUUUCCAGACAAGCUUCCAUCUCUGAAUCACAGUCAGUUCAGGGCAGUGGAUAUGGCUUUGAAUAGCAACUUUACACUCAUCCAAGGGCCUCCUGGAACGGGAAAGACAGUCGUUGGAGUGUACAUUGUGCUUUGUUUUUGGGAGUUGAACCAAAAGAAUCCCAGAAAACUAUAUGCAAUCAAGGACGAGGACAAGAACAAGAGACAAGUUAUUCUCUAUUGUGGACCUUCCAAUAAGUCUGUGGAUGUGGUUGCAGAGUAUAUGUUGAAGUUUGAAGACAGCAUUAAGGCCCUCAGAGUCUACAGUGAACAAGUGGAGAUGCUUGACUACCCAUACCCAGAAUGUGUGCUUCAGUUUUCUACAAAGACACGAGCGGAGCCUUCUAAACAAAGUCUCAAGAAAAUCACACUGCAUCACCGCAUCAGACAAUCUGCAAACCCUCACGCACUUGAGAUCAAAGCUUUUGAUGAGAGAAUAAAAGCUGCAAUGAAGACCAAAACACCCUUCACUCCUGGGGAGGUGAAAGAAUACAGAAAGCUUCUUGUUAAAGCCCGGAAAUAUGAGCUGGAGAGGCAUGACAUCAUCCUGUGCACUUGUACACAGUCGUCCACCCCAGGCCUAACUCAUACAGUUAGUGCCCGUCAGAUUCUCAUUGACGAAUGUGCCAUGGCAACAGAACCACAAGCACUCAUUCCACUCGUCUCCAACAACCCAGAAAAGAUUGUCCUUAUUGGGGACCAUAAACAGUUGCGGCCUAUUGUGAUAAAUGAUCGUGUGAGGAAGCUAGGCAUGUCCAAGUCCCUGUUUGAACGCUACUAUACACUACUUGAGAAGAGGAGUGUGAUGCUGGACAUACAAUAUAGAAUGCAUGAGGACAUCUGCAAAUUUCCAUCAGAAGAAUAUUACGACGGGAAGCUAAAAACAGGAGUUGAGCGACCAGAGAGCGUGCUGCGUGUGGACAAAAGGACAAUGCCUGUUGUAUUUGGAGACAUCAGAGGAAUAACUGUCCGCCAGGUUGUCAGCACGGCAAAAGGCAAUGAGAACUCCAAAGCGAAUCGUGAAGAGACACAAAAAGUGGUGGACAUUGUCAAAAAGCUGACAGACGAAGCCGUAAUUGAGCAAAAAGGAAUUGUAGUUCUUUCUCCCUACAACGCACAAGUUUAUGAAAUCAAGGAAGCAUUGAAACGGGAAGGACUGAAAAAAGUCAAUGUCAACACCAUUACGAAAAGCCAAGGAAGUGAAUGGCGUUAUGUGAUAAUAUCAGCGGUGUGUUCCCUGCCCACAGAGGAGAUCGUGUCUGAACCAGGCAGCUCAUGGCUCUCCAAACAUGUGGGCUUUGUCGGUGAUCCUAACCAAAUCAAUGUGGCCAUCACCAGAGCCAAAGAAGGACUGUGUAUUAUAGGAAACAUGGAACUGCUCAACUGCAGUAGAUCAUGGAAAAAACUUCUGGACCAUUACAAGAGAAACAACGCAGUAACUGAUGCAGACAAGAUUACAGUUUGUCAGUUGUAAGAGAAACAAAUCAUUCAGGAUCUGUGUCAACGGGAAAGCCAUGAAAAUUGUGUGUUGAUUCUUUGAGACAUUCCAUAAUUAUGCAGCCCACAUUGUUGUUGAAGUACAAGCAUAUCUUAAAUUAUUAUAUUUAUAUUUUACAGAGAGGUAACAAAGUAAUUUUAUUAAUUUCUAUGACCUAAAUAUAUUUUUAUAGACAUGGAUUCUCAUUUUGUGUAUACGAAAAAAAAAAGUGUUAGUUCUGUAAUAAAAAUAAUGCAAAAAAAAAUAAACAAAAUCUGUUAAAGC